AUGUCAAAGGACAAGAAGGUAGCCAAGGAAGUAGCGCAACUCACUAGUGCCGACAAGGACGAGCUGGUGGAGGUGGAGUAUUGGGUGGACAAGGGUGCCGACGUGACGGGUGCUGACUAUGAUAAGCGUACGCCCCUACACAUUGCUGCUGCAGACGGGCACCUCAAGGUCGUCAAGUUCCUCGUGCGGAAGGGGGCCAGCGUCAACGCGGAGGACAGGUUUGGCGGCACGCCCAUGUCCGACGCCAUCCGAGGGAGGCACUACGACAUCAUGAACUACCUGCAGGGCAAGGGCGGCGAAAGGCCCGAGAUGGAAGUUGACGCUCUCGUCACCAAGCUCCUCACCGCCGCGGCUGCUGGCGACGUGAAGAAAGUCAAGGAAGCCCUCGACGACGGCGCUAACGUCAACGGCGCGGACUACGACAAGCGAACCCCAAUGCAUGUGGCUGCCUCUGAGGGCAAGCUCGAGGUGUUGAAGCUGCUCGUCUCCAAGGGCGGUGACGUCAACCCGGAGGACAGAUGGCAGAGGACCCCGCUCAGCGAUGCCCUAGAACACCGGCACCAAGAGGUGGUCGCAUAUCUCGAGUCGGUGGGCGCCCGCGCCAAGCUGAAGGUGACCGACAUCAUCUCGCAGCUCUGCAAUGCGGCGGCCAAGGGAGACUUGGCUGUGAUCGAGAAGCUGAUCAACAUGGGCCUCGACCCGAACACUUCCGAUUACGACGGCCGAACUGCUCUUCACAUCUCCGCUGCCGAGGGCCACCUCAAGCUGGUGCAGUACCUGGUGGCCGAGGGAGCCAAGGUCAACAUCACCGAUCGAUGGAGGGAGACUCCGCUGUCCGACGCUCUGCGUCAUGGACACGACGAUGUGGCCACGUUCCUGAAGGGCAAGGGAGGAAAGCUGAAGAACACCAAGAACGCCAAGCCCUUCAAGUUCGUCAAGGAAGAGCCGCAAGACGGUGGCGAAUACUUUGUUUCGCAGAAGAAGCCCUCCAAGCCGAGAGGCAGCAGGACCGCGAGUGCAUCAUGUCCUAAGGCCGCAGCCCAUUCCCGUUUUUUCAUUCCACCACUUGUACAUGGCGGCUCCUCCCUCCUCGACUUCACUCACCCCUUCCACCGGCACCCCCCCCCAAACAACGACACCAAGUUUCCAAUAGAAACCGGACGCAGUUUUUGA